AUGACUGCCCCCACUCAAGGCUGGGAUGUUGGCCUGAGGCCUAGUCCGUGAUGUCACCGCGGCCCUUUAUUACAGGCCAACCCAAACCAGCCGUUUUCUCGACCACUCCCUGUCAGAGAGUGAAGCCAAUGGGCGCCAACAACCACCUGAAGGCCCCCCCGGCUCAAAUCUAAGGACUUGGCUAGGCCGCCUCUUCCACCACCGCGAAGAAGCGUAUCGAAAAUAAACAGGCGAGACCCAGUAACGAGUAGAGUCGAGAAAACGGGGCUCCUGGAGUGGCGGGACCUCCAGCCAAUAGAGCGGGUUAAAAGGCAGAUGUAGGCGGGGCCUUUAACUCACCGGAAGAAUUCCGAGGCAACGUUCCGAAAGGCGCCGGUUUUGCCCCUGCCCGCUUCCCGUCGCGUUCGAGUUGCCAAGGCAACUGAUAACCGUGGCACUCUAGUUGUGGGCAGGUCGGACUUUUUGACGUCUCCAGCAUCCUCCCAGCCAAAGAAUCGGGGAGUUCAGAAAAACGCGGUGUGGUAGAAGCCUAUUAAAAGACAAUGUCUAUUCCAUUCUCCAACACCACUCAACGCAUUCCUCGAGGAUUCGCAAAUCUGCUGGAAGGGCUUGCCAGAGAAGUUUUGAGGAACCAGCCGCAAGACAUACCAUCCUUUGCUGCCAAGUAUUUUGAAAAUCUCCUAAUCGAAAGAGAAAAAACUGGAUUUGAUCCAACGGAAUGGGGAGCAAAACUAGAUGACAGAUACUACAACAAUCGUGCUUUCAAUGAACUCGCCCCUCCAGGAGGAGGUAGUCAGACAGGGGAUAAGGGAGAAGAAUCUGCUCAACCAGCUGCUCAAGCAGAGGAGGAUAAGACAGAGGAAAGUGAUGUUAAAUUAACAGAAGAGCAAGCGGCUUUAAAAAUUCAGGCCAGCUACCGGGGAUACAAAACAAGAAAAGAAGUAAAGUGCUCAAAAGAAGAAGAACCAGAGAAGGAAGAGCCGACAGAGCCUGAUAAAAAAGAGCCGACAGAGCCUGAUAAAAAAGAGCCAACAGAGCCUGAUAAAAAAGAGCCAGAGCUGGCACAGUAAUCCAGCACCGCAAUCCUGCCAGCAGUCGAGUUUUUAGAACAGCUUGCAGCAAAGGCUCAUCGAUCUGAUUCAGAAGUAUGGGUCAAGUUUAUGAAAUAAACCAUAGACUUUAAAAA